AUGAGAGCAGCGCUGGAGAUAUACACACAGAACACGCCUUCGCUCACGUCUGCCAGCGCUGAUGAAUCCACAGAUGAGGAUCAGAGGCACGCGCGUUCUACUCCCUCCAGGUUCAUAUUCGAUAAGCCUAUCAUUCGCCAGUUUGACAAAAAGUCCAAAUUACACCCGAUUCACGGUUGGAAGAGGCGUCUGCACUCGAAUACCCCUUCUCCUCGUUCUCCUGCAUCCUCCUCUUCCCUACACAGCUAUGAUACCGAUGAUUCAUGCAAUUUGGGUGAGGAACACGCACAUUUGAACAGAAAGUACGGCAAAUGGGUCAAAACUCUUGGCACAGGUGCAGGUGGCACCGUUAGGCUGAUUGCCAAAAAGUCUCGCUCCUUGUCGCACUCUCUGUCCCGCUCUUCUUCAACUCGGUCCAAUCGGCUCAACUCAUCAUCCGUAUACGCUGUAAAGGAGUUUAGACAGCGCAGAAACGGCGAAAGUCAAAAGGAAUACGUAAAGAAAGUCACCGCAGAGUUUUGCGUUGGGGUCACCCUCAAGCACAGAAACAUAAUCGAAACAGUCGAUAUUAUUUCUGAACGUGGUCACUAUUACGAGAUCAUGGAAUAUGCUCCAUACGAUUUAUUCAGCGUUGUCAUGUCAGGCAAAAUGUCAAGAGGCGAGAUAUACUGCGUGUUCAAACAGAUAGUCGACGGCGUCGAUUAUCUUCACAAUAUGGGCCUGGCACACAGAGAUUUGAAAUUGGAUAACUGCGUCUUGACCGAUAACUCUACCGUCAAACUCAUCGAUUUCGGUACAGCUACGGUAUUCAAGUAUCCUGGAAAACGGACAGUGAAAGCUACCGGAGUAGUUGGAUCUGAUCCUUACCUAGCACCUGAAGUUCUCUAUUCAUCUACAGAAAAAGCUAAGCGGGAACACAAGAACGAGUAUGAUCCAAGAUUAGCUGAUAUUUGGUCAAUUGGUAUCAUAUUCAUUUGCAUGCUUUUGAGAAGAUUCCCUUGGAAGAUACCUGACGAAACAUCAGAUCAAUCUUACGCUCUAUUCCUCAAAACACAUCCAGAAUUAUGCUGUCCAGUUGUUGAGGAUGAGGAGAGUGGAGUAAAGUCACCUAACCUGGAUGACAAACCAGAGUGGACAGAGCUACAGAAAACGUUUGAGGAGUAUAACAUUAGCGGCUGCAGCACUGCUGAUGCCGCAGAUGAGAGAGACAAAGAUCUCAGCGAUAGAAUAUUCCCUAAGCCAUGCCAAGAACCAACAAGUCUACCUGCUUCGCCUAAAGAGAGUAAGGUUGACGAUCUUCGCUCUGCUGCACAGGUGCGCUCGAUGACGAUAUCGAAUAUGGGCAGAGUAAAUGAAGUGCAACCAAAAUCGAUACCAAAGAGACCAUCGAUCAAGGACAGGACAGCUUCACAGACGACUUAUGUCAAUGGUAGUUCAGAUUCCAUGUUCAAACUGCUGCCACGCGAAGCUAGGGAUUGCCUGCAGAGGAUGAUCUGUCCCGAGCCAAAGAGAAGAUCGACGCUGAAUGAGCUACUGAGAGGAGGUGAAGAAAUUCUUGACGCGACAGAAGGUUUGGAUUUGUAUGGUGAAUUGUCCAAACCAGAUUCAGAGUCUGCAGAUCAGAGAGCAAGACGGAGUGAUUAUGUUAGCGAUAAGUGGUUGCAGUCGUUGGAUAGUUGCGCAAUUAGACCGUCUUCAAACCAUACUCACACGGUAGUUGAGGCGAUCGCAGACGCGAAAAAAUAA